GUAAUCAAACGUCCCUGUGCAGGCAACCAUAGAGGGGUCUGCUGGCCAACCCGCAAUAUCCCCCAAUCUGAUUUGGGUAUCGUCUUUCAAAUUUCAAUACCUGUGCGGCCGAGUCUCAAAUUUGCGGAAAGCAAUGAGACAGAGACAGAAGAGUGGAACCAGUCCACCAUCCAAUCAACCCGAUGCCCAAAACCCAAGAUUUCCAAAAUCAGAUCGCCACAAACCACCUACAAAUUGCUAUCUCCUUUCCUCAACCAGGAGAGUUUUUGCACUCUGCUUGGCCUUCAGGGUGGUGAAUGCUUUGUUGGUGCAGACGUAUUUCAACCCGGAUGAACACUGGCAGGCUCUCGAAGUCGCUCAUCGCAUCGUUUUCGGGUAUGGGCAUCUGACUUGGGAGUGGAAGAAGGGGAUCCGUAGCUACUUGCAUCCAUUGCUGUUUGCUGUUCUUUAUAAAGUUCUCACUCUUUUGGGUCUUGAUAGUCCAUGGUUCAUGCAAAGGGCUCCCCGGCUGCUGCAGUCCAUAUUUUCUGCAGUGGGCGAUUUGUAUUUGUACAAAAUGUCAGAUGUCCUCUUUGGUGACUGUGUUGCGAAAUGGGCACUCUUUUCACAGUUGGCAAAUUGGUUUAUGAUAUUUUGCUUUCCCCGCACAUUGUCAAAUAGUUUGGAGACUGCUCUUACACUCGUUAGCCUAUACCACUGGCCUUGUAUAAGAGUUUCUCCUACCAAAGUUCCCUCGGUUUCGAGGAAGUGGGGUUUGGCACUAGCAGCAUUGGCUUGUGUAAUUCGACCAACUAGUGCUAUUAUAUGGGUGUACAUUGGCCUACUUGAGCUGUUUGGAACUCAUGAUAGACUGAGAUUAAUUUUUCUAGAGGUGGCUCCCAUUGGGGCCGUGGUUCUUGGAUUAACAUGUUUAUUGGAUCGCUUGGUGUAUGGCUUGUGGGUCUUAGUACCUCUUAAUUUUCUCAAGUUCAAUUUUCUUUCCUCUGGAGGAGACUAUUAUGGAACUCACAAGUGGCACUGGUACUUCACUCAAGGAUUUCCGGUCAUGCUUUUCUCAUUCUUACCUUUUUCUGUUGCUGGAAUCGUGUGGUCCAAACAAUGGAAGCUGUCUGGCCUUAUUGCAUGGGUUUUAGGAAUUUACAGCCUAUUGGGUCACAAAGAAUUCAGGUUUGUCCUGCCUGUGCUCCCAAUAGCGUUGAUGUUCUCUGGAUAUGCUUUGGCCAAGACAAAGACACCCGAUUCUCAAGAUACCGAGAAGAAAGGAUCUUUGAACACCCAUUCCAGGCAUCCUUUUAAGCGACUUUCCAUAUUGUUUUUGCUUGCUACCAAUAUACCAAUGGCCCUCUAUAUGAGCUUGGUUCAUCAGAGAGGAACUGAAGAUGUAAUGAUAUAUCUAUCUGAAGAAGCUCGCAAUGACAAGGUGAAAAGCAUCCUUUUCCUAAUGCCAUGCCAUGCCACACCUUACUACUCCACUUUGCAUCGCAACAUACCCAUGCGUUUCCUUGAUUGCUCACCAAGUGAAGAGAAAGGAAUUCCAGAUGAGUCUGACCGUUUUAUGAUGGACCCUAUCAGUUUUGUGUCAGAAUUCACAAAAAGCUGGUCGAUACCUAGUCAUAUUGUGUUGUUUGGUUCAGAAGAAAGAUUAUUGAGGGAUUUUCUAGCCUCACAUUCUUUCAAAGAGAUAAGAAGGUUUUUCCAUUCUCACUUCAAAGUGGACCGUGAGGUUCAAGCAUCAGUAGUCGUAUAUGUUUGGACAGGGCAUUGACAUUGAUUUUUUUCCAAUCUGUCUCUUCGGAAUAUCCUGUUGGUAACUAAAAUUUUGGUGUAAAAGUAAGGAAUAUUUUUAAUGGCCCCUUGUUAAUUUUCUACGAUGCAAUACUAAAAUACUCGAUUGAUUAC